AUGCUGAUGCUCCCCAUCUUUUCACUGUGUCUCUUUGCAGCCUGCCGGCGCACAAUGACAAUUUUGCGGAGCACGCCCCUGGACUACAUCAUUCCCUUUGAUGAUGCAGUGCUGAACAAUUUCACAGCGUUCUACGUGAGCCACCAGAUCUUCUUCCUGGUGUUUGUGCUGCUCUUCAUGCUCCACCCGGUGCCCAAGUACAGCCACGUGCGCGGCAAGCGCCAAUUCCUGCCCAUUCCCUACUCUUGGAUGUGGAUUGCCUGGCCGUUCGCACUGUACAUUGGAGAGAGAAUCUACGGGCUGUUCCGAGGCCGAUCCUGGGACACCCAAGUCAUGGGUGCCUCCAUCCUAGACCCUGGCGUGCUCACUCUUGAGCUGUCAAAGCCACCUGGCUUCUCCUACAUACCUGGGCAGUACGUCCUGAUCCAGUGCGGUGACAUCAGCAAGUACGAGUGGCAUCCCUUCACGCUGACAUCAGCGCCCGACGACAACUUCCUCCAGCUGCACAUCGGCAAUGCUGGGGAUUGGACUGGGGCGUUGCAUGCGCGCUUCUGCGCGAGCAUCCAGGUGGUAGAUGAGAGCAAAUUGCAGCCUGAGGCUAUACCAGAAGCGGGGAGCAGUGACGGAGGAGAAUCUCCAGGCAUCAGUCAGCAAGACAGCGCAAUGGAAUUUCACCGUGCGCAGAAGACGCUGGAGCAGCCAAAGUGCCCUUCCAAUGCACCUCAGGUCACCAGUCCUUCCCCAAACAAGCUGCCUGAGGAUCAGACAGGAAAUGUGCACCCUGGAGUUCCCACUGUCAAGCCUUCCGAUGCGCCAAAGCAGCUGGAUUCUGAGAUGACGGAUUUCAUCAGUCAGAACAUGGGCAGCCGCCGGCCGCGCGCCAGGGUGUCUCUGUCCAGCGAGAAAUCUCUGUCUAACGAGCGGGUCUCCUCCGAGUAUGUGAUCACCAUCCGCGAGUCGCCAGACACGGAGGUCAAGGACCUGUGCAGCAGCACCCACCAGAUCGCGCCGGUGCCGUCAAAGUCCUACAUCUCCUACGUGCGAUCGACAGAGGCGGAGUCGCAGCUGCAGCGGAUGCAGAGCAUGCGGCGGCGGGAGAGCAGCCGGGCGUGGGAGGGCGUUCCUGCCCCUGACAUGGCUCGCAGCAUCCUGCAGCGCAUGAGCAGCAACAAGCUGCGCCGCCUCGAGUCCAUGCUGCAGCGCGCUUCAACACUCAGCGCUCCCGCACAAGCGCCCCGGCUGAUCAUCGACGGUCCCUUUGGGGCCCCCACGCAGGAGCACGCCAAGUUCAGGAAGGUGGUGCUGAUCGGUAUGGGCACGGGCAUAGCGCCCAUGCUCUCCAUAAUGCGCGACACCCUCCACCGACUGGCAGCCCUGCCCGACGACCCGCCAGGCGGCCUCGAGGCUGGUGGGCAGACGGAGACGGUUGAGCAGCGCAAGGCAUACAUGCAUUGGGUGGUGCGCGACCCGCGGGCUGCCGGCUGGCUCAAAUACGAAUUCGAAAUCAUGAGCCUGCUGGACCUCACUGGGGACGUCUUCAAAUCACACAUCCACAUCACUGGAACGAGCACCGAGGAGGUCAAGUCGCCCAAGGCGUGGGAACCUGACCCGCAGAUACACUCCAAUGUGGUACUCACGAGCGGCAGGCCGGACUUUGAGGCCAUAUUCAAGGGAAUCCAGGCUGAAGUCGGCAGGGCUCGCGUGGGAGUCUUCCUCUGCGGCCCUCUGCCAGUGAAAGGCGCUCUGAGGAAGCUGUGCGCGAAACUCACAAAGGCCGGCGACACAACCUUCAAUUUCUACGCUGAGCAUUUCUGA